AUGUUGAACAAGAUGAUCUUACAUCCACAGCAGAUAAUGAUAGGUCCUAGGUUUAACAGGGCCCUAUUUGACCCCCUGCUUGUGGUGCUCCUGGCUCUCCAACUUCUCGUGGUGGCUGGUCUGGUGAGGGCCCAAACCUGUCCUUCUGUAUGUUCCUGCAGUAACCAGUUCAGCAAGGUCAUCUGUGUGCGGAAGAACCUCAGAGAGGUCCCUGACGGCAUCUCUACCAACACGCGGCUCCUGAAUCUCCACGAGAACCAGAUUCAGAUUAUCAAGGUAAACAGCUUCAAACACCUCAGACACCUGGAGAUCCUCCAGCUAAGCAGGAAUCACAUCCGUACCAUUGAAAUCGGGGCCUUCAAUGGUUUGGCAAACCUCAACACUUUGGAGCUCUUUGACAAUCGGCUGACCACCAUCCCCAAUGGGGCUUUUGUAUACCUGUCGAAACUGAAGGAACUCUGGCUGCGAAAUAAUCCCAUCGAGAGCAUCCCUUCUUAUGCUUUUAACCGAAUCCCAUCUUUGCGCCGCUUGGACUUGGGAGAGUUGAAGAGGCUUUCGUACAUCUCAGAAGGGGCCUUUGAAGGUCUCUCCAACUUGAGGUAUCUGAACCUUGCCAUGUGCAAUCUGCGGGAAAUCCCCAACCUCACACCACUCAUCAAGUUGGAUGAGCUGGAUCUUUCUGGGAAUCAUUUGUCCGCCAUUAGGCCAGGCUCUUUCCAGGGUUUGAUGCACCUUCAGAAAUUGUGGAUGAUCCAGUCACAGAUACAAGUGAUUGAAAGGAAUGCAUUCGAUAACCUUCAGUCACUGGUAGAGAUCAACCUGGCGCACAAUAAUCUGACCUUACUGCCUCACGACCUCUUCACGCCCCUCCAUCACCUCGAGCGGAUCCAUCUGCAUCACAACCCUUGGAACUGCAACUGUGAUAUUCUGUGGCUCAGCUGGUGGAUAAAGGACAUGGCGCCCUCAAAUACUGCAUGCUGUGCCCGCUGUAAUACACCCUCAAACCUGAAAGGGAGGUACAUUGGGGAAUUGGACCAGAAUUAUUUUACCUGUUAUGCUCCUGUGAUCGUUGAACCUCCCGCGGACCUCAACGUCACAGAGGGCAUGGCUGCAGAGCUCAAGUGUCGGGCCUCCACCUCACUGACCUCGGUAUCUUGGAUUACUCCCAAUGGGACGAUCAUGACACAUGGGGCAUACAAGGUCCGGAUUGCUGUGCUCAGUGAUGGCACAUUAAAUUUUACUAAUGUAACUAUACAAGAUACAGGCAUGUACACAUGCAUGGUGAGUAACUCUGUCGGGAAUACCACAGCUUCAGCCACCCUGAAUGUGACCGCAGCAACCACUACCCCAUUCUCGUAUUUUUCCACUGUCACCGUAGAGACUAUGGAACCUUCUCAGGACGAGGCCCGAACCACAGAGAACAAUGUGGGGCCCACACCAGUCAUUGACUGGGAGACCACCAAUGUGACCACCUCUCUUACGCCCCAGAGCACAAGGUCAACCGAAAAGACAUUUACCAUCCCUGUGACCGAUAUAAACAAUGGCAUCCCGGGAAUUGAUGAGGUGAUGAAAACCACUAAGAUUAUCAUUGGUUGCUUUGUGGCCAUCACUCUCAUGGCAGCGGUGAUGCUGGUCAUCUUCUACAAGAUGAGGAAACAGCACCAUCGACAAAACCACCACGCCCCCACGCGGACUGUUGAGAUCAUUAAUGUGGAUGAUGAGAUUACAGGGGACACACCCAUAGAGAGCCACUUGCCCAUGCCUGCUAUAGAACAUGAGCACCUAAAUCACUAUAACUCUUACAAAUCUCCCUUCAACCACACAACAACAGUUAACACAAUAAACUCAAUACACAGUUCAGUGCAUGAACCGUUGUUGAUCCGAAUGAACUCAAAAGACAAUGUACAAGAGACUCAAAUCUAAAACAUUUACAAAAGUUACAGAGAAAAAACAAAAA